AAGUGAAGGUCUCUCUACAUUUCAGCUAUCACUGGCGCUACCGACCAGUUGAAAACAUCCUCGCGCUUGGGAGGUGAUCCAGGAUUUCUGUUUAGGAGAGGACGGGGAGACGUCAGCCACACUGCUCGACAGCCAUGCAGAUACUCGGGGUCCCUUUUUUGCUGUUUUGCCUCAUUUGGGUCCACUCCUGCGCUCUCGGCGGAAAAGUCAACAAGCACAAGCCGUGGAUAGAAACAUCUUACCAUGGUGUGAUCACGGAGAACAUGGACACGGUGCUGCUGGACCCUCCGCUGGUAGCUCUGGACAAGGAUGCCCCGGUCCCUUAUGCUGGGGAGAUUUGUGCCUUUAAGAUCUAUGGUCAGGAUGCUCCAUUCGAGGCAGUGGUGUUGAAUCGUACAUCAGGAGAGGGAGUCCUGAAGGCCAGUAGCCCAGUGGACUGUGAGAGCCAGAAAGAGUAUACCUUCAUUAUCCAAGCCUACGACUGUGGGGCCGGGCCCAGCGGGGCCGGCUGGAAGAAAUCCCACAAGGCGGUGGUUCACAUCCAGGUGGAUGACGUCAAUGAGUUCUGCCCCGUGUUUCGGGAGCCCCUUUACAAGGCAUCAGUAACAGAGGGCAAAAUCUACGACAGCAUUUUGCAGGUGGAAGCUUGGGACCAAGACUGUUCCCCCCAGUACAGCCAGAUCUGUAACUAUGAGAUCGUCACUGCAGGGACGCCAUUUGCCAUUGACCGCAAUGGUAACAUCAGAAACACGGAGCGGCUGAGCUAUGACAAGCAGCAGAGCUACAAGAUUAUGGUGACAGCCUUUGAUUGUGGUCAGAAGAGAGCAAAGGAGGAUGUGGCUGUGCAUAUUGAUGUCAAGCCUGUCUGCAAACCUGGAUGGCAAGGUUGGAACAAGCGAGUGGAAUAUGAGCCAGGGACUGGAAGCAGGCAGCUGUUUCCCAAGAUGCACUUGGAAACGUGUGGAGGUCCUCUCUCUGGCGUGAAGGCGAUGGUAGAGCUACAGACCAAUCACAUCGGGAAGGGCUGCGAUCGGGAAACCUACUCUGAGAAGUCUCUGCAAAAACUCUGUGGUGCAGCAUCAGGCAGCACCGACCUCCUUCCUGCCCCCAGCUCUUCCUCCAACUGGACGGCGUCUCUGCUGACUGACAGUGGCCGCGACAGCGACCUUAUCUACAGAUUUGACGGACAUCAGGCUGCUAAUGUUCCAGAUCAUGUGGUCCCCCAAAACCUGACCGACCAGUUCACCAUAGCAACGUGGAUGAAACACGGGCCCAGUCCAGGACUCAGAGCUGAGAAGGAAACCUUACUGUGUAACUCUGACAAGACUGAAAUGAACCGCCACCAUUACUCUCUGUAUGUUCACAACUGCCGCCUGGUGUUCCUGCUCAGAAGAGAUUUCACUCAGGUCGACACUUUCAGACCCGCAGAGUUCCACUGGAAACUGGAGCAGAUCUGUGACAAGGAAUGGCACUAUUAUGUGAUCAACGUGGAGUUUCCUGCAGUGACCCUAUUUGUCGAUGGUGUGACCUAUGAACCCUACCUGGUGACGGAUGACUGGCCGAUCCACACCGCAAAGAUUGAUACGCAGCUGACUGUGGGCGCCUGCUGGCAAGGUGGUGAGGUAGGGACCCCGAGGUUCACCCAGUAUUUCCGUGGCAGCCUGUCAGGUCUGACAAUCCGACCAGGCCGCAUUGAAACCCAGAAGGUUAUUUCCUGUUUGCAGGCCUGCAAAGAAGGCCUUGAUAUCAACUCCCUUGAAAGCCUCGCUAAGGACAUCAAGUUCCAUUUUAACCCUGCUCAGUCUGUGCUGGUGGUGGAGGGAGAGGAUCUAGACAGCAUCAACACAGCCAUGACUAAGGUCUCCUACAUUAACUCUCGCCAGUUCCCUACACCAGGCCUCCGACGGCUACACAUCACAACCACAGUACAGUGUUUCGGCGAGGACACGUGUCUCUUCAUCCCAGACAUCAAGUCAGUGGUUAUGGUCCUGCCACCCAGUGAACCGAGAAUCACCAUCACAGGAUCUAAUCGGCUCGUCAGGCCUGCCAGUGACCUGCGGGGCCCGCUGGGUGUGGCACCCUUCAAAGAGCUUCACAUCACCAGCACAGUAAUGAAGGCAGACAGCUUCGGUGGAUCCCGCAGACCAGGUGUGAUGGAGGUGAUGCAUAACCUGGACUACUGCGAUGUGCUGGUAAUUGGGGAAGAACUGAAUCCUGAGAGAGAGAGUCUGGAGAUUCAUCACAGUGUGUUGCUGGGAAAACACCUGGAUGCCACCAACUCCACCUCUGGAAUAUCAAUAUAUGGUGUGGACUCCAUGGCUCACUAUGAGCAGGCACUGAGACAGGUGCGCUACAGGAACUGGCGACCUGCCACCCUGAGCGAGCGAAGGCUCAGACUCACUUGCUCUGAACUCAACGGGCGUUACACCAGCAAUGAGUUCAAUUUGGAGGUCAGCGUUCUUCACCACUUGGCACCUGUGGAACAUGUCAAUCAUAUGGCUGUUCAACCUCAGUACAUGAGACCCGUGCAUCACCCACUCAUGAUACACACUCUCAACACACACAUGUCAGGAGCAGCACCUCCAGCAGCCACUGCGGUUAUCGUGGUCUGUAUCGCUGCCCUGGUGGUGAUUGUGGUGAUCGGAGUGUACAGGAUCCACGCCACACAUCAGGAGGGGUCCAGAGAAGACGAGGACGAGGCCAAAGACACCGAGGAAGACUGGGACAACUCUGCACUCAACAUCACUGUCAACCCCAUGGAGAACGUAGGAGCUCAAGCAUAUGAUGAGGAGGUAACGGAAGAAGUACAUGAGGAGGAAGAAGAAGAGGAGGAACAGAACAGUGAUGAAGAUGGCGAAGAAGAAAAAGAGAGAGAAGAGGUGAAAGGGAGGAAGCAGAUGGGAAAACUAGAGUGGGACAGUUGCUCCAUAACAUACUGACCACACGUCCAUAAAGAGAUCCCUGCACACAUAAUCACUCUUUACGUGUCUGUCUCUCUCGCUUUGACAGACACACACAAGACAGGCCAAAAUUCAAUACUUUACUUGCACACACAUGCAUAACAUGUGUUGGUGAGGAUGUAGGAGUGCAAACACACAGGACUUUCAUUCAGCAGGUCAGGGUUCAAGUCCAGUCCAACCUCACGAGUCAAAGUCCUGUGUUGCUGCGUUCCUCCUUUCCAGUUAUGUAGUAUUUGGUUUAAAAGCCUUUCUGUGAUUUUUGAAGGUAGAAAGUAUUUAUGCGCUUCUCCUUCCUCCCCAUGCACUCACAUGUUAUUGACUGCCGUAAUGCAUUUUGCCUGUCUCAACCUCAUUUGUUAUUAGCGGUUGUUGUGCCACCUUGUUGUAAAAACUUCCAAGUUAACGUCAAAAAGGUUAUUCCCCCCCCCCCCGAACAUAUGUAAAUACUUAUGCACACAUGUUAUGCAGUGGGCGCAAAUUAAGUAUAUGUAUGUGCAAGUGAAGUAUUCAAUUCUGGCCUAGGCGCGCGCGCGCGCGCGCCCACACACACACACACACACACACACACACACACACACACACACACACACACACACACACACACACACACUAAAUGACAUCUCCCUCUGCUGGACAAAUUCAGAGCUACAGAAUGAGCUGCCGUCCCACAGUGCUUGAAUACAUCAUCUGUACUUAGAAUGUUAUUCAAAUCAGUCAAGGAAUCAAAAAUCAAACAAGCACAGUAAUCUCUAUGUGCGGAGUUAAAGUUUUGCUGAUAAAAAUAAAUCUAAAUUCUUGAAUACAGCCACACAAAUUCUCAAUUUCUUACAAUUUUAUCCCAACAUUUAUUAUGUGCAAUUACAUGUCCUCAUCUUACUUUCAUAUUUAUGAUUUCAACAGAUUGUCUGCAAGACGGUGAGUUAUUAGCAGAUUAUCCACAAAAUGUAUCCAUAUACAUAUUGAUUAGUUAAUGUAUCCAUAAACCUUUUAAAACAUAAUUCCCUUUACCUUUAUAGUAGGUAUAACAUAGCUGUACUGUCACUCAGUGUAUGUCUCACCUUUUCAUCUGUGUGAAGAGUGUUGUGUUUCUCUAAGUGGAUCACAGUGCCGUGGUUCUUUGGCCCGGACACUAAAGAGAAACAAAAUAUGGAUAUGUCAUCUCUGACCAUAAACAUUCCAAAUUUUUCCUGAUUUAUAUACAAAGCAGAAUCAUUAACCGUUUAAUAUCUUCCAUCUUUGCUUUUCUCAAAAGUAUUUAAAAGCUACACCGAUCACUGCUCUAUCAGCUAAUGACCUGAUGGAAGCAGUUGAUUCGUAGUUAAAAUACUCCUAGAAACAAAAGAGCAGUUAGUUUGCAUAUGUCUGUGUACCAAAUCUAGCCAUACUGUGACCUAUUGUAGCUUUUGCUGUUUAGGGUUAGAUCAGUUAUAUCUUUUUUCAACAGAUGUUACUGUAUUCUACCGAUAUCCUGUCUUUCCAUUCUCUUUGAGCCCUCUAUGCAAUUAUGGGCCCAGUCUAAAGGAACAGUAAUACCGAAAAUACUGGAUCCUACACUUCCCAUAAUGCAAUUCAGAAGCCUCUCUUUUAGAUCUGGCAAGCAAACGCUUUUUACUCUCCAUGCUUCCCUCUCUCCCUUUUAAUGCACAGUUUCUGUUAAAGAUUAUCAAAGAUACCCCUGAUUAAAUCUCAGAGGUUAAUUCUCAGACUUGACAGAUGACAAUUAUGCUUUCACUGACAGAGUAACGCAACCUUUUUCACGCGUAAAUUGAACUUAAUGUGUUAAAUGGGGGAGUGCUCCACUGCUCUAAAUUGUGGCGAAAAGAAGCCGAGUGAUGGUUUCUUUCUGGUGUUAUCAAGUCGCUGAUCCUGCACAGCUUCACCACAACUACAAGCAAAACUGGAAACUCCAUUGGUAUCGAUUCCAUCUUGUACCAUAGUUAUUGCAGAUUACGUGAACUUGUUUAGACAAAGUUUAAUUCCAUGAGUUGGUCUACAUUCAAAUGAUCUUAAAGUAACUCCUUUGACAUUCCCAUUUCUCGUCUCACCUGUUCACGUCCGCACGGUAUCAGUGACGAUUACCUGAUACGUCUCCUAUUCACUCGUCCCUCCCUCUGUUGGCCUUUAAGCACCUGUGAUUGUGAUGUCAUCAUUGUGAAACAACUGCCUUGUUUCCCCUCGUCCCGUUGUCAUAUUGUGCUUCUGAAAGAUUAAAGAGAAAAAAAGAAUUCUUUUACAUAUAAAAACAAAUCCUGUAAAAAUGUUCAAGACAGUUAUUUUAUAUAUCCGUUUCUUUUUCUUUUUGUAAACAAAAUGGUUGGGAUUUCUCUCUCUUCAGUGGUUAUCCCACUGCUUUCUGUAAAUUGACCAAUAAAGACUUGUUUUAGACUCUA